AUGAGUGAAACUACUGUGAAGGGGGGUGACGAGACUGGGAUGAGCGCACAGGAGAUUGCGACAAAGGCAGCGAAGAUGUCCUGGGCUUGUGGUCCAGCGGGAUUCCAUGCCCUCUGGGUCUUUGAUCAGAUGCAGGCGGCAAUUGUCGAUGCCAAUCCGCUGACUUUCCCGACCGCCGACCGGAGCGUUCCCGACCAGGCCUCCUUGCCGCGAUACGUCACAGCGAAGUUCGCGAAUUUGAGCAAACAAGAGAUUGGCACUUUCCUGCAGUAUCUCAAGGGCGAGCGGUCAAUCGGGCAUACGCUCUCAGCAUCGACAGCGCCCCCGAAUGUGCUGAAAGAGGAGAUGCUGAAGGCUCUGGGAGGUGGCGCCUCAUCAAACCCAUCGGCGGACAAGGCGACGAUGGCUACAUGGGACCACACGAUCGACGCGCUUGAGGCCUGUCUUGGGAUGAGCAACACGGAGGGACCCACUGUGGACUGGUCUCGCGUCAAUGAAACGAUGCCCGCCGUCACCGUCAACCCCGAAAGCAUGGCUCUUUUCGAGGCUCGCCGGACCUCGCUCCGAGCCUGUCUGAACGAGUUGUCCGUGUUGAUGCCUAGUCGAGCGGCGAUGAUGUUUACUUUUCUUCGGCUUCAUGUGGAUUGGCGAGCCAUCCGCGAUGCCGCGACUCAUCCAGCCGUGCUGCGUUGGCAUGCGCUUGACUGCUGUCUGAGCGACAAAGCUUGUCCUGACAUUAGCAACCAGCCGCAGAUCGAGCUCCUUUCUGCUAGAUUGCACCGAUGGCGUCGCACAUGGCGUGCUCUGAGGCUAUUCGAAGACCCGCACGCCGCUUGCUGUCCUUUCACGGUCAUUUGCGUCGAUACGCGUGAGCAUCACUCAUCCUUUCAUCCCAGUACCCCCGCGUACUUUUUGCCACUCUGGCAGGCCUGCCCGUCGGGGUAUAUAACCCAUGACGUGUGCACCAAAAGAUCACGAUAG